CAAGAGCUCCAGAUUGGUCACACUACAUGUAUCUCAUAGAAAAUCCCUCACCUUACCCUGCUGUCAGGGUGAGAGCUUUCAAAGUACGCACAGUUACAUUUAUUUUUAAUUCUGAAUGGGUAAAUAAUGCUAUCGUAUGAGAUGAAAAACAAGAAAUUCUGCAUUGUGAAAGCAAAGGUUUCACCAUCUGGACUGAAAAGAAGCAUCUGGGCUAAAACAAGCAAUAUCUCUGCGAUGGGCCACAAUCAGAAGAUCAAAUGGUUAAUGUGCAUCGCUUCUGUCAUUACCUUCAUCUAUCUAUUAUAUUGCACCUACGAGACAGGCAAAACCUUCCACCAUUGGAUCAAGUACAAUGAAGCAAUAGCAAGUCCACCAAUCGUAUAUGAACUACAUGUGACUCACAACAGUAGUCCAGAACAUGCUGUUCCUCUGGGACCAUACACAUCUCUGGCAGCAGUUAAAGGGACAAAGACUCUACUGAUAUCAGCAUAUCUCGAACAUCGCACAGACGAAAAGCAGGUUCGUGUCAUUGCAGUGGUGCUGCGGCGUGAGAACGUAGCCUAUCGCUGUCUCUUUCGUUGCCAGGAGAAGCAGCUUCUCUCUAAUGGUUCUGCCAGCAUCCACAGGGAUCACUUCGGUUUUGCCUAUGGGACAGCAGACAUCAUGUGCCCCCUCCCCUCAGGCUGUGAGACACCAUCUUCUAUUGCUGUGACCUCUGCUGCUGCCAAUACUACAGAUGAUCCCAACCAAGAGUUUUUAGAGGUGAAGAACCAGCAGGAGAAGACAGAAUCUUUUCCUUACAACUUCACCGUCUGCAUCUCCACCAUGUUUGAUUUUACCAACGUGCUCCAGCUGGUACAGAGUCUUGAGAUGCUGCAGUUACUGGGAGUGAACAGAGUGGUUGUCUAUAAAACCAGCUGCAGUCCUGAAACACAAAGAAUACUGGACUACUACACACACAAAGGUUUAGUGGAGGUGAUUCCUUGGUCUCUGUCCAGAUAUGUGAACGUGUCUCGUAGCUGGCUGCCUUCACAUGGUCCUGGUGAACUCCACUACUUUGGUCAGAUUCCUGCUCUCAAUGACUGCCUUUACAGAUACAUGUACCAGUCCAGAUAUGUGGCUCUACAUGAUAUAGAUGAGCUCAUACUGCCCCAGAAUGUCACCAGCUGGGUAGAGUUGUUGCCGCUGCUGGAGAAGAAAUAUGGUGCCAACAAGUGCUACAGGUUUGAGAAUGACGUGUUCCCCAUCAAUUUCACGUUUUCUCCUCCGGCCUCCCAAAGUCUGCCACCACAAGCAGACUGGAAGAAUGUUCCUGGUGUGAACAUCUUGGCUCACCUCUACAAAGAGCCAGUUUUUAUAGAGACUCGCAUGAACUUCAAGAUCAUUGUCAACCCUCGAGUUGUGUUUUCCACAUCUGUUCAUGGGGUGCUGAAGUCACAGCAUGGCUGGUCCUGGAUUGACAGGAACAUAGCACGGAUGUACCACACAAGAUCUCCUAGACAAAUACACCUGACAAAAGAAAAGUUAAUUUAUGAUGGGAGACUGCUGAACUACAGCACCCACUUCACACCAGCUGUGAACAAAGUGCUGAGAGACACUGGACUCCUACCAAGCACAAACUCGCUGUGAGAAACUUUCUGCUUGAACAAAUGUCAAGACUUUUCUGCCCAAUACCUCUUUCAAGCUUUAUCUCUGGAGUAUGACUUUAUUUUUGUGUCAAGGAUUCCCUAGUAGAAAACAGGAAAAUACAUAAACACUUCCACAUAAGAACUGAACAAGAUGAUGGGCCAAAGACAAACCAAUAAUAAUGUAAUCUCUACAUAAUGUGUGUGCUUGAAAAAGAGUAGGAUGAAGUUUACCUUUCCUCUUCCUACCCCCUUAUUUCAAAUUUCAUUACUUACAAAUCAAUAUUCAGAAUUCAACAUUGUAUGAAACAUACAUAUUUAACUAUAUACAAGUCUACACUCACACACAACAAAUAAACAUACACACAUAAAACAAUUUCAGCACAUAAACCAAAACAACAACCAACUACAUUUUUACAUAAACUAAGCACCCUGUGGUUAACACCUGCUUAAUCUCUGAGCUUAUUUUAUAUCUAUGUGACAAAAUACCUUAAUGAACACUUUAAGCUUGGGUUUCUCUGGCCUUGAUCUAUCAGCUCAAUCACUGAGAGGAAGAUUUUCUAUGUUCGUGCCAUUUAUUAUUUUUAAACAAUUGUGUGAAUUUUUGUAUUGAUGUACUUUUCUUGAUUUGAUCUGUUCAGGUGUUCCACACACUAACUCCUCUGACUGUAAUGCUGUGAUAUUCGACAUUUGUCCUCACUACUGGCUUGCUGUACAUAAAGAUUCCUCUCAGGUCAUGAGUAUUUGGUCUUAUUUGGAACAAGUUCUGAAUGUUGUGAGGCAAAGAUUUAUUUGCUGCUUUGUACAUUGCUUGUGCAGUUCUGAGGUCAACCAAAGAUACUCUGUCUAAAUCAUUGUUAUUUAUUGUCAGUGUAGGGUAAUUUCCAAUAAACCAAGUUCAAAAAAGGGAGUCUAUGGCUGACGCGUGUUCCUGGUUUCCAAAAGAAAUGCUUCCAGUUGCAUUUUGAUUUGAAGACU